CCUGCUCAAACAGACGGGUGCCUAUAUAAGGCUGGGUCCUCUUCGUUUGUCACCGGACUUCGCAAUGGCUCGUUACGAGACACUCCUUGUCAUCGCAACCUUCGGCUUCGUGGUGCUCGCUCUACCCGCACAGAAGGACAAUGGGGUAAAUCAACAAGGGCAACAAGUGUUGCCAUCAUAUCCACCGCCCCUUUUCCCACCAAAUGUGCCACCUACUUGGCCACCACUUAAACCACCCACUCAGCCACCAUCUGAACCACCUACUCCGCCACCAUCUGAACCACCUACUUCGCCACCACAUAAACCACCUACUCCGCCACCAUCUGAGCCACCUACUUCGCCACCACAUAAACCACCUACUCCGCCACCAUCUGAACCACCUACUUCGCCGCCACACAAACCCCCUACUCUGCCACCAUCUGAACCACCUACUCCGCCACCAUCUGAACCACCUACUUCGCCACCACAUAAACCACCUACUCCGCCACCAUCUGAGCCACCUACUUCGCCACCACAUAAACCACCUACUCCGCCACCAUCUGAACCACCUACUCCGCCACCACACAGACCACCAGUGUUCCCACCACCAUUCGGACCACCAUUUUUACCACCACCACCUGGACCACCAGCUUCUCCACCAUAUAAACCACCUGCUUUGCCACCAUAUGGACCACCUGCAUUGCCGCCAUAUGGACCACCUGCUUUUCCGCCAUAUGGACCACCUGCUUUGCCACCAUAUGGACCACCAGUGUUGCCACCAUACGGACCACCAGCUUCUCCACCAUAUGGACCACCUGCUUCUCCACCAUAUAAACCACCAGUGUUCCCACCAUAUGGACCACCAGCUUAUCCACCAUAUGGGCCACCAUUUUUCCCACCACCAUUUGGACCUCCUAUUUUACCACCAUUUGUGCCACCGUUUAUACCACCAUUUUGGCCACCAUUCCCUCCAAUACCUCCAUGUCCUCCCACUGAGAAACCCACAGAGAAACCCACAGAGAAACCCACCGAGAAACCAACAGAGAAACCCACCGAAAAACCAACAGAGAAACCCACCGAAAAACCAACUGAGAAACCCACCGAGAAACCUACAGAGAAACCCACCGAAAAACCAACAGAGAAACCCACAGAGAAACCAACCGAGAAGCCCACAGAGAAACCAACAGAAAAACCCAGCGAGAAACCCACCGAGAAACCAACAGAGAAACCCACGGAGAAACCAACAGAGAAACCUACCGAGAAACCAACUGAGAAACCCACAGAGAAACCCACCGAGAAACCAACAGAGAAACCCACCGAAAAACCAACAGAGAAACCCACCGAA